GCUGAAUCAAAACAAUGAGCGAAAGGCGGCUUUGGUAUUACAGUAGAAUUUUUUCAUAAUUUGUACCUCUUACUGUAUAUCAGUGAAUGUAGGAUUGCAAGAAAUGGAUAGAUAAUUAAAUAUUGACAUAUUAGAUGUAAAACCCGUCUACCAAGCCCAGUUAGCUCACAAAAUGAGUGAUGUUGUUGAGAAAACCCUGACAGCUCUUCCGAGCCUCCUGUCUCUGGACUCACAGCCUGGAUCUGCUAAACUCUCAUCCACCUCCAAACUCGGAGCCCUCAUCAGAGGAAUCACUGAGCUCACCUCCAAGCAUGAAGAAGAAAAACUUAUCCAACGUGAACUUGCAUCUCUCAAAGAUCAAGUGUCUUCCCCCAACACAUCUAUGAGACAAAUGAAGGAGGCUAUGGUCAGAGCAAUCUACUGUGAAAUGCUGGGCUAUGAGGCCUCAUUCACUUACAUUCAUGCAAUAAAACUAGCUCAGCAAGGCAGUAUCUUGGAUAAAAGAGUUGGUUAUUUGGCUGUGUGCUUAUUUCUAAAUGAGAAUCAUGAGCUUCUUCUUCUCCUCGUGAACACUGUACUUAAAGAUCUUCAGAGCACUAACCUGAUUGAAGUGUGCAUGGCUCUAACAGUAGUCAGCCAAAUGUUUCCCAAAGACAUGAUCCCUGCAAUACUCCCUCUGGUGGAAGAGAAACUUAAUCAUUCAAAAGAAAUCAUAAGGCGAAAAGCUGUUCUGGCUUUGUACAAGUUUUAUUUAAUAGCUCCAAAUCAAGUGCAGCACAUCCACAACAAGUUUCGUAAAGCAUUAUGUGACAAAGACCCGGGAGUAAUGUUUGCCUCCCUUCACAUUUACUUACAGAUGAUCAAGGAUAAUCCCGAAGGUUAUAAGGACCUGACUGCCAGUUUUGUCACCAUCUUGAAGCAGGUGGUGAGUGGGAAAUUACCCAUGGAUUUUAAUUACCACAGUGUGCCUGCUCCAUGGCUACAGAUCCAGCUUCUAAGAAUUCUGUCCAUUCUCGGAAAGAAUGAUCAAAAUGCCAGUGAAAUCAUGUAUGAUGUACUGGAUGAGUCUUUGAAAAGAGCAGAGAUCAACCAUAAUAUAACCUAUGCUAUAUUAUAUGAAUGUGUGAAAUGUAUUUAUACAGUUUAUCCCAACUCUGACCUUCUUGAAAAAGCUGCCAAAUGCAUUGGAAACUUUGUGAUUUCUUCAAAGAUUAACCUAAAAUAUCUUGGAUUGAAGGCUCUCACUUUUGUCAUCCAGCAAGAUCCUAAACUGGCUCUGCAACAUCAAAUGACCAUCAUAGAGUGUCUAGAUCACCCUGACAUUAUUAUAAAGCGUGAGACCCUGGAAUUGCUCUUUCGGAUCACCAAUGCUCAGAAUGUCACUGUAAUUGUUGAGAAGAUGUUGGAGUUUUUGAACCAGAGCAAAGAUGACCAUACUACUAUUGACCUGGUGGGAAAAGUUGCAGAAAUAGCAGAAAAAUAUGCGCCAGAGAAUAAAUGGUUCAUUGAGACCAUGAACACAGUGUUUUCUUUGGGUGGAGACAUGAUACAGCCUGAUAUCCCCAACAGCUUUCUCAAACUGCUUUCUGAAGGGUUUGACAGUGAAGAAGAAAACAGGAAGCUGAGACUUUUUGCUGUUGAUUCCUAUAUUUCAUUGCUUGAAGGAGAAACAAGAAAACUACCUCAGCGCUUCUUGCAAGUUAUAAGCUGGGUCCUAGGGGAAUACUCACAGUUAAGAACAGAUCUGGACCCUGCCAGAGUAAUGACUCUUCUCACUAAGCUUCUCGACAUGAAGCAAACAAGCAGUGAAACCAAGACAUGGGUCCUUAUGGCGAUGACGAAACUUUGUUCAGGAGAGGCCAGUAUUUCAAUCGCUCAGUCAGUUUGUGAUGACCACAGUAGCUCUAUGGACACAGUGCUGAGACAGAAGGCUCAUGAACUGCAGCUCCUCAGUCAAGACUCAGCUUUGCGAGGCCGACUGCUUCCCCUGCACAGAGCAUCUGAACCCAUCGAGGUGGAUUCCUCUUUGUCAUUUUUGGAUGCGUUUGUGUCAGAGGCAUUAGCUGCUGGCGCUGCUCCAUACAAACCUCCCCACCAGCGGCAAGAGGAGCUCGCCCAGGAAAAGGCUCUGAGCCUGGAGCCCUAUGCGCUGUCUCUGCCCAUCAACAUGUCCUCCUGCAAUCUCACAGGCAGGCAGUCUCCUACUCCCAUGUCUGUGAGCUCUGGUUUGUCAGGAGACAGCACUGAGCUCUCCCUCAAAGGAAGUUCAACUGCAUUGAAGCUUGAAGGAGUGAAGCGGGUAUGGGGGAAGGAAGGAUAUUUGUCAAAGAAGGAUCCUGUUGAAGAAGUUGUCCAAGCUGAAAAUCCCAGUUCACCCAGUCAGCCAACAGGUGCAGGCGGGACUCCCAAUGACAAGCUGACCCCUAGAGCGACCCCUGAACCGGACCAUGAAAAACAGCAGCUGGCCUCUUCCCUGUUUAUUGGCCUAGGCUCCCAAAGCUCUGUGUGCCUGAUGGAAAAGUCCGACCCCAUGGUACAGCGAUUUAGAAGAAAAGCCAAAACUCCAAACUCUUUCUCAGGUGUAACUGAGAGGGGGUCUGUCUCCUCUAUCUCCACCUCCGCUGCUGUAGAUAACCUGCUUUGUACCAACAUACCCGAGUCAGCCAGUGUGGUCCCAGAAGUUACCCAUGAACCCUCACCUCCCUCCAAGACUGAAUUAGAUGCAAGCCUUAGUGUAGACAUAAUAGACAGUACUCCUUCUCUUGUCCAGAGUAAUGGUGUAGAAACUCCUCUUGAUUUAACUGAAAAUGAAGUUACUGAUAAAUCCAAAGAUGAGUGUUCUAGUAUAAGUCUUCCUGCAAAGCUCUCAGGAUUAGCCCAUUCAGAAAUUACAUCUUUGUGCUCAAACCAGAGUAUGGAGGUGUCUGCCUGUCAUGUACAUAAAGACGAUUGUGUGUUGCUAGUCAUUUUCAUCUUGAACUCAUCUGACAGUGAUAUAGAGAAUGCACGUCUCCAUGUUAGCUCUGAACAACUUGAGGUGUCAUUAUCUGAAAGUCCACUCCAAGACAUUGCAAAGGAUGCUAUAGCAGUAUGUCAAUACUCACUGACUGUAAGGAGCCCUGUAGUCCAUUUUGAAGUGUUGGGUAUGCUUUCCUACCAGUCUUCAUUAGACAACCAGGAAGUGGAGUUUUCAUAUAAGCUUCCAUUAACUAGUUUUAUCAGACCAUUGGAAGUGUCAACAGAGCAGUAUGGGACAAUGUGGUUGACUUUCUCCAAUGAUACAAAGCAGAACCUUGCUCUGGUCACUGACGGGCAGGACCCUCUCACUGACACACUGGAUCUGCUGAAGAAGAAACUUGGUCUACAUGUUGUUGAAAUGAUUGGUAAGUUGUAAGUUUUCCCCAAAAAA